GGCGGCGCGCGCAUGCAUGCAUCGCCUUAAUUAAUUGCACAACAUUAAUAAAUGCAUGAAAUUCCUUUCAGCAUACAUGUGUGUUGCUUGCUAAUGAAACCUGUAGAUGAUGAUGAUGCUCGUGAGGUAUGCAACUUGUAAGAUGCUGCUCAUGGUGCAUGGUGUUUAAUUGCACCACGAUGCAGCAUUUGUGCACAACCAAAAUCUCCAGUGCUGAAUUAACUCGAAAUAAGCUGUAUUGAAUAAACACUCUGAAAUAGUGCUCAUUUGAGACCAGUGUUGUUGCAAUUAGAGAUUUAUCAGUCAUACCCAGACUUGCAUACGCACUGAUAUGCCUUCAUGUUGAAACUUGCUUAGUGAGUUAUUUUUUAAAUAGCUGAGGGCUGUUUCUUAUUUUUGUCAGUUUCACACCCAAAACCACUGGUUGCACAUCUGCCAAAGCUUGUGUGGAACCAAAAAAUCCACAAAGGUGAUGCUGAACUGUGAACCAUCUGUGUCUCAAAAAAAAAAAAAAAAAAAAAAAAUCCCUGCAGCCAUCAAGCAACAGCCUGGAGCAGUUCAGUCUCUGACACUUCAGACAUUUUUCAUUCUGGCACUCGGAUAAUAGACCCAAGCAGCUGUGUUGUGUUCUUCCACACCUGUCCUCUUUGGAGUGAGGAAAAAGGACAGCUGGGUCUGGACUGAGAAGAACUGCGGUGUAGAGUUUCAAUGCUGGGACGAGAGCAUCAAGAGAGACUUGUUCUGUUGUGCAUUGAUUGUGCUGAUCUCAUUAUAGUGCAUCUGGAGUCUCUCACUUCCUCUACAGAGUGAAACACAUUCUAACUGUCAUGCUUCCUCACUUUUUAGGGCUGGAUAGGCAAGGUUGCAUGUGUAUGUGUGUGUGAGAGAGUGUGUGUGUGUAUGUGUGUGUAUGUAUACAUCUGUGCAUGUGUGCGUGAUCAGUUCCGCUUCAUAACUUUGAGUCAAAUCGGAUAAAACCAAAUGUAACUGCAUACAUUUACCUAAGAGGUUAUUUAAAGCUGUGGUGAAACUGUGGUACUGUGGGGGAUACAGACUUUUGCACAUUUGGAUUCCUGUAAAUUCUUUUCAAUAUUGACCCGUCCUUUAGUGUUACUGAACUGCCUCCAUGUCUCAUCAAGUCAUGAGGUCAACAGCAGGGGACAAGCCUAAGCCUGACUCUAUUCUUAUCUCAUCCUCCCAGUGUAACACACCUUCACAACACACAAACACACUUCCUCCUUUCUGUAAACCUCAGCACUGAGAAUCUUUAUUUUCUUCAGCUGAGAUUUAGGACUGCGGUAAAUUCUCUGAAAGCCUGGGAUCAAGAGAAAGAGGAAAUCUCCCUUCACUGGAGUUUGACCCUUGACCUCAGAGGAAGCAGAGGAAAGAGUGGUGGCCAAAGAGGAAGAAAGAGUGGCGUGGAGGAAGUGAAGGAGAGGGUGAUAAAGAGAAAACGUGACUGGGAGAGAGAUGGAGUCGCUAUCAACCGAGUCAGCCACGGUGGAUGAGCUGGUGGAGGCCUGCAUCAAUGCUUUCGAUGACACAGGGAAAUUAAAGGACUUGCCGUUGGUGCGGAUGUUUCUGAUGAUGCACCCCUGGUACCUGCAAUCCACAGAACUGGCCAAGAAACUCCUGCUCAAGUCUCAGGAGGAAAGCUGCACUGCCGAGCUAAGGAGUCGAAUCUGCCACCUAGUCAAGUUCUGGAUCUCAGAGUUUCCUGUCGAGUUCAAUCUUAAUCCAGCUUUGGCUGAACAGAUUCGAGAUCUGAGGGAUCAGCUUAACACUGAAGGCAAUGAGCGGGAGAGUCAGCUCAUCGACGUUGAGAGUGUCCCCUCAUAUAAGUGGAAGCGUCAGGUGACCCAGCGUGUGCCAUCCAUGUCAAAAAAGAGGAAGAUGUCCCUCCUCUUCGAUCACUUGGACGCCUCCGAACUCGCAGAACAUCUUACCUACCUGGAGUAUAAGUCCUUUUGCAAGAUUCUGUUCCAGGACUAUCACAGCUUCGUGAGGCAUGGCUGCACGGUGGAUAACCCCAUCCUGGAGCGCUUCAUCAUGCUCUUCAACAGCGUCUCCCAGUGGAUCCAGCUUAUGGUGCUCAGCAAGCCUACGGCCCAGCAGCGCGCUGGCGUCAUAACACACUUCGUACGAGUCGCACAGAAACUGUUGCAGCUGCAGAACUUUAACACCCUCAUGGCGGUGGUUGGAGGCCUCAGUAACAGCUCCAUCUCCAGGCUCAAAGACACACAGGCCCACAUCAGUAACGACACCAACAAGAUCUUUAACAGUCUGCUGGAUCUGGUGACAUCAUGUGGGAACUACAGCCAGUACCGGCGGCGAUUCUCAGAGUGUUCAGGUUUCCGGUUCCCGAUCCUGGGCGUUCAUCUGAAGGAUCUGAUCGCGGUGCAUGUGGCUCUGCCAGAUUGGACUGAUGAUGAGAAAACGCGUGUUAAUCUGACCAAGACCCAACAGCUCUACUCCAUACUGCAUGAGCUGGCACUGGUUCAGACCACGCCGCCCAACAUAGACGCCAACACCGAUCUGCUUAACCUUCUCACGGUGUCACUGGACCAGUAUCAUACAGAAGAUGAGAUAUACCAGCUCUCACUACAGAGGGAACCUCGAAGCUCCAAACCAGCUAACUCAAACCCCACCCCCAGCCUAGCGAAUAAGCGGCCAUCGAUGGUUGAUGAGUGGGCAGCGUCGGUGAAGCCUAAAGCAGAUCCUGCUAUCAUCACCAAACACAUUGAGAAGAUGGUUGAAUCUGUCUUCAAGAAUUUCGACACAGAUGGAGACGGCUAUAUAUCCCGCGAGGAGUUUGAGAGCAUCAGGAAUAACUUCCCCUAUCUCAGCAAGUUUGGAGAGCUUGAUACAAACCAGGAUGGGAAGAUCAGCAGGGAAGAGAUGAUAGAUUACUUUAUGAAGGCCAGUUCACUGAUGAACUGUAAGAUGGGCUUCAUACACACGUUCACAGAGACCACUUACGUUAAGCCCACCUUCUGUGAGCACUGCGCCGGAUUUAUAUGGGGCUUUUAUAAGCAAGGAUACAAGUGCAAAGUGUGUGGUGUGAACUGUCAUAAGGCAUGUCGCUCACGGCUGGCGGUGGAGUGUCGCAAGCGGGCGAAGAGCAUCAGUCACGAGACUCCGCCCGCCCUUCAAGCUCGCUCUUUCAGCUUUCCACCUCCGUCUAACUCGCACUCUAAUCUCCAGGAUACAGUGAUUGCAGAGGAGGAUGCAGAAGCACUGAGGGAGGCGGUGUUUGAUGUCCACCUAUAAUCCAGGUACAUCAGAGAUUUACACAUCAGCUACUUGGUCAAGUGAUAUUUUUAUAAGUUAUUAUUGGAUUAAAGAGUAUAUACAGUAUUAGGGGUGUAAUGCCAUUGCCAGUAUCUGUUUUCUGUGUCUGUAUUUGGAUUUAAACCUGAAGUAGGUGUGGCCUAAAACAGAAAAGUGUUUUUUUCUUUCAUUUUCUCCCCAUUUGGCCAGUUCCCACCCACCACCCAGCUCUCCCCUAUCAUACGACAACUACCAGCUGGGGAGAGUGAAGGCUAACACGUGCUUCCUCUGAGACCACAUAUUAUUGUGUUGUGAACUGCUGCUCAUGCUGCAUCACAGGGCAGUGUAACAUACAUGGAGGAAAGUUUUAUCUACCCUCUUCCACAUACAUGAACUCACAGACACCUAUGAUUGGCUAAUGUUGCAGUGAUUGACGGGGAGAAAGGGUAUGCCAUACUUCCCAUCCAGGGAUCAUGGCCGAUUUUGCUCUCUAGACUCUCAGAUGGCUCAUUGAACUCGCAAUCUCCUGACGAUAGGGUGAAUAAUUUUCUCUUGCGCCUUUCAGCAGGGCUUCUUUUUUAUAUUAAAUCUGAACCCCAGGAAACACUGAAAAACACUGGGAAGAAAACUAGAGGUAUAAUUGUCAGCAUUGCCAGUAUGGUCUGUGAAUUCUGUUUUUAAUCUCACUCAUGCAGUUAUUAUUUUUGUUUGUACCUUCCAAACUAAAUUUCCAAAAAUACGAACAAAAUAGUAGCCUAAUAUAAAAUAAUGAGAAUUGAAUGAACAUUGUAAAUGAGUCUUUGUCUUACGAGAUAAAUGUAAAUACCUCUCACUCGCGUGAUGCUUUUGGUUCCCAAUCCCGAUGUACACCUCUAGUCUCAACCUGAGAUAUAUAUAUUAUAUAUAUAUAUGCAGCAUUACACCAUGUAAGCAUGAACAACACUGAGGAGCUUCAUCGUUGUUCAUGGCUUCCAGGUUCCUGGCAGAAGAUAAACACUGGGAAAACAUCUAGUAUUCCUCUCACCCCAGCUCAACUCUAAUCCUAAUCCUAAAAAAGCCUGAAUGAGAUGAGUAUAAAGGACGCUUCUACCACCACUGGUCUUUUAGUAGCCUGAAUCAGACGUCGUCAUGCGAUUUUACUACUCAGAAAAGAUCAUGUCUGAUCACAUCCAGGCACAGCUCCAGGACUAAGACGUCAGCUUGCUUCCAUCUUGUGGAUGAGAGCUGCAAGUGCAAAGCAGAUUGAGCACUUGUUCCUCUUCUUUUAUUCUCCUUUAAAUGUCAUCUUGAAUGUGAUAUUUUUAUAUGUAUUAUCUAUUUGUCAAUAGCGUUAGUGUUUUUAUAUUUCAGGUUUAGUGAGACUAAUAAGAGAGCAAAGCCACUUAUUAAAAGAUGAAAUCAUUAAAAAGACAUAAAUGAAAUUUAUAUAUGAUAUAUAUAUAUAUAUAUAUAGGUAACACUUUCUAUGAAGGUUACAUUUAUAAUGAACAUAAAACACAUUCAUAUCAUGUUAUAAUGCAUUCAUAAGGCACUAUACACAUCGUAAUAAUUAUGAAAACACACUUCAUAGCUUUCUUUAUGACGAAUAUGUAGUGUUUAUAACACAAUUUAACACUAAGCUCACGCAUGCAUAAUGCAUAAUGGUGCGUAAUGGGAAUUGUUUUGAUUUUUUUUUCUUAAACUCUCUGGUAUACAUCAUUUGUUAUUCAGGAAAUCUUAUUACAAAACUUUACAACUUCUGAAAAUAUGUCUACAGCUAAACAUAAUGCACUCUGGGGCUGAAUUUCUUUAUUAUUAGUGAUUUAUUGUGUUAUGAGCACUGCUUAUAAUGCAUUAUGACAGCAAUUUAUAAAUGUAUUAUAAACUUUGCUAAAAAACAAACUAUUCAUAAUUUUCAUAAAUUAUUAUAACAAUAUGUACAGUAUAAUGCCUUAUGAAUGCAUUAUAUGUUAUAUCAAUGUUAUGGCCUUCAUAGAAGGUGUUGCCUGAAUAUACAAAGAGAAAAUUGGGUAACACAUCCUAUGAAGCCCAUAUUCAUAAAUAUUCAUUGUGCUUAUAAUUUGUUAUAAGCAUUUAAAUAAAGUCUAAUAAUGGCUCAUAAGGCUGUAAUGAUAUACUGUGAAUAAUUCCUUGAUAAUGUAAUCAUGUUAAUGCAAGUGUCACUAUUUAUUAGAAUGCCAUUAUAAUAUGCCAUUUUAUAAUAGGAAGAAGAGAAGAGACGUUUCCUGAGCACAGUAAGUCUAAUGAUAUGUCGUGAAAAUCACAGACUUGUGAAGUGAGCUACACUCAACAUGUGUAAAGACAGAGAUAAAAUUAUUUAUUUCAUACCGAUCUUAUUCAAAUAACGUAGUAAUAUAGGUCGGCUUUGUUAACAUGACAUGUAGAAAAAGUGAAAGUUUGAUACUCUGCUAUGUAUUGAUAUUCAGCAUAUAGAAGGUGCAGGUAAAUGCUUUUUCUGUGAGACUGGGUUGAUUAAUUUUUAACAUUUUUAGCACAUCCUUCUACUUUGCAGUAUUAUUUCUAUUAUUUGUUGCUAGGAAAUUUCUACGCAGAUUUGACUUCCUGUAGCCAGGCAUGUAGGAAGUGGCAAAUUCUGGACAGAAAUUUUUGAGAAAAUAUUUAGGUUUAGGUUAGGCUAUUGGAAUGGAAAAAGACUGGUUAAGCAUUUUUUAAAAAAUCACUUAUGGAACAAUUUAGAAUAAUUUUGUCUAAUAUUAAUAAUAAUAUUAAUAAUAAAAAUAAUAACGAUUUUUUAAAAUAUAUUUUUGAUUAUGUUCACUGAAAAAAUUUCAUUCAUUUUCAAUUUUUGUUCCCUGUAACCCUUCUGAUCCCUGGUUAUAUCAUUAUAAUAUUUUUUUUUAUAAUUGUUAAUAAAAAGCAGUUCCUUUAUAAUUAUGCCCAGGUCAUUAUGGGUUCUAAAGGAUGUUCAGUACACCAGCACAUGGUACAUGGUGUUAUAAUGCAUAUUUAGACUUGCAUUAAAACAUGAUUACUUAUUAGAACUUUCUAACAUGCUUCCAAGCAAUCAUUACCAACCUACAGUGUAUCAUAAGCACAUUUCUAAUGAUUUAUAAUAUAGGCUUCAUAGAAAGUGUUACCAAAAAUGCGUUCCUUUACUCUAAAGGUGCUGAGAUACUCAGAGCUCAAUGUUAAGCCAGUUGUGUUUGCAUUGUGAGUUGUUCGCCAUUGACUGCAAUAUAGUUCGUGCUAAAACCUGAAUAAUGUACAGUUUAAAGCUUGUGAAAAAAAUAAGUGCUCUGUACAUAUGCUGUGUAGUUUUUUUCUUUCUUUUUUUUUUGUUGGAAUGAUUAUAGUAGCCUAAGUAGACAUUUGAAUGGAUAUUUUUAGGUAUAUAAAUGGGUUUUUAUGUGUGUUUAAAAAUCAUAAGAUACAGAAAAUCUUAAUUCUCAGAACACUUCCAUUAACUGAACCAUGAAUGUAGACAAUCCAGUUGAUACAGUCCUUAAAAAUGUGCUUCUUUAAAUAGGAAAGUUAAUGUAUUUUUUGCCACGUCCUUGCUAUUGUAUUCCAAGUGCACUGCCAUUAUACUAAAUAUGUUAAAUGUCUUUUUGGUGUUUUUUUAAUUUUUUUAGCAUGCACUAUGAACAGUUUUAUACUACUCUAUCCGUUUCUUUGUGUGCGUGUGUGUGUAUAUAUAUAUAUAUAUAUAUAUA